CCCUGCGCGAGCGUCGUCGCUUGGGUUCGCGAGGGAGAAUCUCAGAUGCGCGCGGACGAUACGCGCUCGUGAAAGCAACUACCGAGAGGCGGCUGGUCCCUCGCUGGGUCGCUUAAAUGGCUUUGCGUAUUAUGUCAGCGAUAGUGCCGAAUACUCAUAAUAUAGUAGACCAUGCAGCUGAAAAAGAGAAAUUACUGGAGGAUCUGUUAGUGUCCGCGAAAGAGUGUCACGUCAGAUUUGGGGGACGUGCGGAAUUAGCCACGGAAUCGGAAGCAUGCGUGGCGAAGCUCUGCCAUAUAUUCGAAUUGAUUUUCAGCCACGGAUUGAAGACAAAUUACAUAGAAAAAAUCAAUUCAGCAUUCAGACAUGUAUCUGAUUUGGUCUCUGGUGGCAAUACAAGACCUGGUAGUGUAGCGGAUAUAGCGUUCUGGCCGUGCAUAAAGGAUCAACUCACCUGGCAUGAACAGGAACGUUUUAGCACGUUGAGAAGAGUUCACACGGAUUACGGUCGAGGUAGAGCAUGGCUGAGAGCUGUCCUGAACGAAAGAUCUCUCGAACGGCACUUACACGCUGUCAUAAAUCCUAGCACGCUGUCUCCUUUUUAUGAAGAAUGGGCCUUCUUGCUUGACCAGGAAAAGAGUGCCGUAUUACCUAACGUAGCUGCCGGUCUUGGUACGAUUUUAUUUGCGAUAAGAACGGACAAUGAGGAACUUGACGACCUAAAUGGAAAAGGAAUGGACCGAAAUAGAUUCGUGCAAUCGGAGCCAAUAAUUUCUACAGUAAUACCAGAAUCUCUUCCAUCUGAACAAGAAAAGCGGAAAAAGAAAGUACAAACCCGUAUAAUUUCUUUUGAUGACAAUGAGGAAGAAGAGCGCAGAGAGACUGCAACUUCUAUUAGUGCUCCACCAACGUGCCCCAGUUCUCCUGUGGUAACGCCGACUAAAGAUUCCGCUUCCACAUAUUUAUCAGAUUGUCAACCUCAAGCAGAGUCCAAUGACAGUACAGCGAUCAAUACAAAACUUCCAGAGUGGGAACAAUGCGAGUCUUUUGAAGAAGAGAAGAUACUAACCCCUGUGAUGGAUACUGGAAAUUUGGGUGGCCUUGUACCUAUUUCAUCACUCGAUCAAACAUUAGAUGAUAUGUUAGUCACGCUGCCAAACUACUUAGACGAUUCAUCUGAAGUAACGGAACCUGCUCUAGAGGCAACAGAACCAUUAGUUGGUUUAGAUUUCCAUGUAGAUCCGGAGACUUUAGAUGUAGACACUUUACGGGUAAGGCUUUUAGCUAUGACGGAAGUGCUGGAACAAGCUAGGGAAGAUGCUAUAACGAGCAGAUUGCAAUUAGCUCGUUUCCAAAGGCAACAUCAACAUUAUGCGGAAAAACAUGAAUUACAGUUGCAAACAUUGAACAGGGAGAAUGAACUCUUACGUCAGCAACUGCGUAAGUAUGUCACUGCUGUUCAGAUGUUAAGACGAGAUUCCACUUCCACGGUGUCUGAGGAAGAUCCAUCAUUAGACUAUCAUAACGAGGCGAGACAAUAUGAAGAGAAGUUGAUACAAGUUGCAGAUAUGCAUGCUGAAUUAAUGGAAUUUAAUGCUAGAUUAACAAUGCAGUUGACAAACAGGGAUAGAUUAGUAAAGAUGCUGCAAACAGAAUUGGAGUGUCUCCGAGGACCGUUGAAUGAAGAUGAUUUACCUGCGGAGCCACCAUGUCUUAUUCACAUAUGGAUUCCAUCGGCAUUUCUUACAGGACAAUCAUCUGACAUCCAUCAUGUUUAUCAGAUUUACGUACGCAUAAGAGACAUAGAGUGGAACAUUUAUCGGCGAUACGCUCAAUUUUAUGCGCUUUAUCGAGAAUUAAAGAAACACGACUCUAUUGUUACAACUUUUGAAUUUCCACCGAAGAAAACGAUAGGAAAUAAGGAUGCGAAAUUUGUGGAAGAACGACGGCAAAAGCUGCAGCAAUGGUUACGACGAGUCGUCGGGCGCAUAGCGCAGUGUUCACCUGUAUUCGCGUGUAGGCCGAGCCGACAGACGCUCGUGUCUCUGAUGCCUUUCUUUGGUGAUAGUCCUAAUGCUGAGGAAUCGAGGAAAAAUAAUUCCGCAAGAAAUACUUUUUCUUCCUCCCCUCAAUAUAUGGGUUUAUAAUCAUGACAAUUUUUAUAGACAAUUUGUAUAUAAUGAAAAACAAAUUUUAAUUUAACUGCGUCAGACAAGUAUCUUGUUAUACACAAUAUACACUGUUGAUAAUUAAGGAAAUAAAUAUCGCUACGUGUAUUUAUGUAAAUAAGAACAUAUAUAUACACAUGUGACUAACAUAUAAUGCCAGCAUGUGUAUAAAAUUAAUAUGUAGUAAAAAAAAUAUUAAAAGCUGGUCUUUUCUAUGCAAGUAAGAUUUAUAUUUUUUAAUGUUUUACCAAAGGAAAUUAUUACCCCAGUCUAAAAUCCUAUCAAUUUGAUUACAGAAGAAAAUAUAAUAAUAAAUUACACUGUUUUUAUUAAACUCAAUGCAAUAUUGGUAACAAAACUUCUACUCGAUUAGUAAUAUAUUUGUUAUUGAAUAUAUGAAACCCUGAUAUAUAAUUGGAUAUAAUUACAUAAUGUAAAGUAACAACAGUAAUAGAAUAUAAAUUGUUUGCUCAAAUAUAAGUUUCGAUAUAUAUAUAUAUAUGAAACAUGUUAAAAGAUUAAAGAAUACAAAAGUAAACCAGUUGGCUGAAUGAAAUAUGAAAAUUUAUUCAGAUAUAUAUCAUGAUCUUUUUCUUUUUUAUUCGUAUGACUAAAAUAUGUUAAAUUAUUACGUACGAUAACAAAGUGUAAUCAAAUUACAAGAUACCUCUCGUUUUCUAAAAAGUUUAUUUAUGUAAGGCGUCUUAAUAGUAAUAUAAAAAGGUACAUUUGUCCAUUUAUCUUUUAUGACAAAAAUAAAGGUGCAUAUUGUUAUCGGAAUAAGUACAUAUAAUAUUAUGCCGGUAAAUCAGAGUACAACUAAUCGCGUAUGUAAAAAUCAUGAAUUUUAAUAACUUACAUAAGAUAUUCUCACUAUGGAGAGGUAAGAUAAUAAGAGGACUCAUGAGAUCAAAGAUAUCGAUAAGUGUAUCUCGAAAUAAAUCUGCGCAAAACGCAAGUAGCACUUUCGGCUCAUUUAAAUAACAAUUCAUUUUUUUACAAUAAUAUUUGUACUAGGCAACACUUUGGCUGUGCUCACCUUUCCAUAUUGAGAGAAGUUCUUUCUUCCUUAAUGGCAUGGUACGCUCCAAGUUACAAAUAUACUUAUUAUUAACGUUUCUCUUUUUUUUCCUAUCGACGAAUAAAGGUCAGUAAUAAUUAUAUCAUUUUGUAAAUCAUGCAAUAGUCGAUGUGUUUAUCUCAAUGGCCGAACGAAAUAUCAUGAGCUUAGAUUACAUCACAAUCGCAGUAUAUUAAUCAUAUUCAUCGUAAGCAUCGUUAUUAAACCAUCCACGUUCAAACGAUCAAUUUUCUCACCCAAUAAAGAAUGACAGAAUUAAACAAAUUUUAUGUACAAAUCAAUCGAGUAGUAUAUCAAGAGAUUCAAUAUAGAUAUUAAAAAGCACGAAAUUUUAUCUAAUAUUCUCAAUACUAACUUUGUUUUAUAUAUUUUUAUACAAUUCCUGAAUAUAUAUUUGUGAUAAUUGAUCAAGAAUAUAUCGAAAUAUUAUUAAAACUGCGAAAACGGACAUCUAAUAAAGUAAUCGUAUAUUAUAUUGAAUGAAAUGGUGUCCUAAUAUUGAAAUUUAUUUGCAAGACUACUAAGCCAGUAAAUCGUGAUAAGAAUACAAGUUGUUCCAGAAUUAUAUAUAUCAAGGUUUCUUAUUAAAAAUUGAAAUAAAUUUUCUUCUUUAUGAAAAUGUAAUGUAAAAGUAUCGUUUAGCGUCCAUUUCAAUAUUUAAGAAAUAUGCUAAUCCUGGAACAUCUUAUAAGCGUAAAAAAACAAGUGAUAAGUAAUUAUUGCGAAAAUAUGAGCACAAAACUAUUUUUGUAUAUGUACACAUUAAUAUAUAUGUAUAUAUGUAUAUAUAUAUAUAUAUACACAUUGACCAACGUGCUGUUGUUGCUUCAUCAAUAAACUUUCAUUUAAUUUUGUGAAAA